AAUAAACCCAAAAUUUCCACCAAACACUUUUGUGAGCCCGAGCUCUGAUCUGAACACGAACACCCCUUUUGAUACGCUUCUAUAUUUCUUCACUUCUUCCACUGAAAUUCCAAUCCGAUCUCGGAGAAAUGCGGCCGUCAAGGCCCGAUUCGAACUGAAAUGCAGUCCAACUCGCUGCCUUUCCCUCUGAUUCCGCUUACGUUGUUCAAUGGUGGUGAAUUGAGCGAAGGCGGGUUUGAGCUUUCCAGGUAUUUGUUCUUGGGCUCCCUGCUCUUCUCAUCCCCAGGCGGUACUGCUGGCGGCAUGGACUUGUCUAAGGUUGGAGAGAAGAUCUUCAGUUCCGUUCGCUCCGCCCGAUCUCUUGGCCUUCUUCCUGCUUCUCCUUCCGAUCGCCCUGAGGUUCCAGCACGAGCUGCAGCGGCAGCUGCUGUUGCACGUGUUCUUGCUGGACUACCUCCUCAUCAAAGGCAUAAUCUUUCAUCAAGCUCUGAAGAAUUAAGCUCUGAAGAAUUAAGCUCAAUAUAUGGGAGCAAACCUUCCAAAGUGUUGGAUGACCUUGAGGAAGAAUUUUAUGAAGAGGAUUUUGAUCCUGUAAGGCAUGUUUUGGAGCAUAUUCCAACUGAUGAGAAUGAACUGGCAUAUUUUGAAGAAAAGGCUGCUUCUAGAUUAGCACAGUUGGAUAGAAUUGCUGAACGCCUUUCACGCCAUGUUAUGCAGCAUCAUGAAGUAAUGGUGAAAGGAAUGAAUCUUGUCAGGGAAUUGGAAAGAGACUUGAAAGUUGCGAAUGUUAUUUGCAUGAAUGGGCGGAGACAUCUUACAUCAUCAAGGAAUGAAAUAUCAAGGGAUCUUAUUGUGCACAGAAAUUCUAAAAAGAAACAAGCGCUUUUGGACAUGCUCCCCAUCUUAACGGAGCUCCGCCAUGCACUGGACAUGCAAGUGGCUCUUGAAACUCUUGUAGAGGAAGGAAACUUCUCUAAGGCAUUCCAAGUACUCUCUGAGUAUUUGCAAAUUAUGGAUAGUUUAUCACAACUUUCAGCAGUACAAGAAAUGAGCCAUGGUGUUGAGGUGUGGUUGGGAAAGACUCUUCAAAAGUUGGAUGCACUUUUAUUAGGAGUAUGCCAGGAUUUCAAAGAGGAGAGCUAUACAACUGUGGUUGAUGCUUAUGCACUAAUCGGGGAUGUUUCUGGACUUGCUGAAAAGAUACAAAGUUUCUUUAUGCAGGAGGUUCUCUCUGAUACACACAGUGUUUUGAAGACUCUUGUGCAAAAGGACUUUGAAAAUACCAAUGUGCAAGGUGCAAGGCUCACAUACAGUGAUCUGUGCAUUCAGAUGCCUGAAUCCAAAUUUAGGCAGUGUUUGUUGGCAACCCUAGCUGUAUUAUUUAAGUUGAUGUGUUCAUAUCAUGCAAUCUUGAGCUUCCAGCCAGUGGAUAAGAAGCAGGGUGAGGUUUUUGCACUUGCAGGGGACAUUCAACAUGUUGGUACAAUUGCACAAACUCCAGUUGUAUCCUCCACUGGAGAGAUGCCAGCAACCUGUGUAUCUUUGACAGAUAAUAUUGCAGCUUUUCAUCCUUCAAAUAUAGAUAAUGGUGAAGAGGUAAGGGAUGGUGGAGAGACAGCAUCAAGCAGCGGAUCACCCUGGUUUCAGCUGCGUAAGGAUGCUGCAACUUUUGUUUCACAAACCUUACAUAGAGGCCGGAGGAAUCUCUGGCAACUUACAACAAGUCGUGUAGCAGUGUUGCUUUCGUCUCCUGUUGUGUGCUCUACAAGUAUUCAUCAGUUCCUAACAAUGUAUGAAGAUCUGAAUACUUUCAUCUUGGCUGGGGAAGCUUUCUGUGGGAGUGAAGCAGUUGAAUUCAGGCAGAAAGUAAAAUUCGUUUGUGAAAGUUAUUUUGCUUCUUUCCAUCGGCAGAACAUAUAUGCACUGAAAUUGGUGCUGGAAAAGGAGAAUUGGCUGAUAUUGCCACCAGAAGUAACACAAGUAGUAAGUUUUGCUGGUCUCAUUGGUGAUGGAGCGGCAUUGAUUGCUUCAACUAGUAACUCUCUCGAUACUCGAUUGGGGCAUGCCCAUAAGUCAAAUGAUCUUGCCCAAACCAACUCUAAGAGGAGCGGAUUUUCAAAUUGGCUGAAGAACGAGAACCCCUUUUUGGUGAAAUUGAAUUGUAGUUCAAAUGAGUACACUGAUUCUUAUUUUCCCGGAUCGCCAUCUUCUAGAGAAGUUGGAAGCUCUAACGGGAGUUAUUUCAAAAAGGAUUCUACUCAAGAAAACCAUGCUGAAAAUCAUAUGAAUGGGAGUCCUUCUCUAUCAGAAGAUGAAAACGAAGAUCUUCAUGCUGAUUUUAUUGAUGAAGAUAGUCAACUUCCAAGCCGGAUUUCAAAGCCUAGUCGUUCAAGACAUCGUUCUACACUUUCGAAUGAUGAAGAAAUGACAGCACAAACAGGAUCGUCUCUUACUCUCUUAAGGUUAAUGGAUAAAUAUGCAAGGCUAAUGCAGAAGCUGGAGUUCGUAAAUGUUGAGUUGUUCAAGGGAAUUAGCCAAUUGUUUGGGAUCUUUUUUCACUUUGUAUUUGAGAGCUUUGUCAAUCAGAGUACUCUCCCUGGUGGAAAGGUCUUGACAGACAUGCUUCCUCACAAGCUAAAGACUGCAUUAUCAAGAAUAACACAGGAUUGUGACCAAUGGAUGAAACCACAGUCUUCACCAUUUAAUUCAUCUUCACCCACAUCUUCAAAUACACCAUUCACUCAUAUGGAUGUCACUCCUACAAGUCCACCAAGUCUCUUAGCUGGUGCAUCUUUUAGUCUCAAGGAAAGAUGUGCCGGUGCUGACACUAUAUCUCUUGUUGCUCGAUUGUUGCAUAGAUCUAAAGCUCAUCUUCAGUCAAUGCUUCUGAAAAAAAAUUCAGCGACUGUUGAAGAUUUUUAUGUGCAUUUGGUGGAUGUUGUACCAGACCUUGUAGAACAUAUUCACAGAACAACUGCCAGGCUAUUUCUCCACAUAAAUGGGUAUGUUGAUAGGAUUGCUAAUGCUAAAUGGGAGUUGAAAGAUCUUGGAUUGGAGCACAAUGGAUAUGUAGACUUGCUGCUGGGAGAAUUUAAACACUACAAAACGAGGCUUGUUACUGGAGGAAUUCAAAAGGAGGUCCAAGACCUCCUCUUAGAAUAUGGACUAGAUAAUGUUGCUGAAACUCUUGUUGAAGGCUUAUCUAGGGUGAAGAGAUGCACUGAUGAGGGGAGAGCUCUCAUGUCACUAGAUCUUCAGGUAUUGAUCAACGGCCUAAAGCAUUUUGUUUCCGUAGAUGUGAGGCCAAAGUUACAGAUAGUCGAGACUUUCAUCAAGGCCUACUACCUUCCAGAAACCGAGUUUGUGCAUUGGUCACGCGCUCAUCCAGAAUACAGUAAAAGCCAAGUAGUUGGUCUAGUCAACCUUGUUGCCACCAUGAAAGGUUGGAAAAGAAAAACCAGGCUUGAAGUGUUGGAGAAGAUUGAAUAAAGCUGUUUCAUACCCUCAAUAAUCAAGCUCGAGGUCUUGUGAAUCCUCAGUUUUGCAUCAUUUUUUUCCAUGUAUAAUUGAUGUAAAUUAUUCUUGAGAUUUUUAUAGAAUGGUGAUAUCAAGUCUGCAUGUCUUCACUUGUAUUAUAAUGCCCUCCCUAGAAAUGGACUUUCAACUGUAAGUCUAAUCUUUAACCGUAAAAAUACAAACUGAAUUAUUGAGCAUAAAGUAAAACUCCGUAUUUUUUUACCA